AUGGCCAAAGAUUCGGAAAUCCACGAGCACAUACCUCAUAAGCUCCCACACAAGGAACGGUCUCCCAUGACAAACUGGGUGUACGAUGUAUUCCUCUGGACUUUUUCUAUACUCGUUGACCUUUUCUUCCGAGAAGUACACCCUCGAGGGUCAUGGAAAGUUCCCAGGCGGGGGCCUGUGAUCUUUGUCGCAGCCCCGCAUGCCAAUCAGUUUGUCGAUCCUCUUAUUCUCAUGCGUACACUUCGCAACGAAUGCCACCGCAGGGCUGCCUUUCUUAUUGCAGCAAAAUCGAUGAACAGAUGGUUGAUCGGCUGGUUUGCACGGAAAGUUGGUGCUGUGCCCGUUGGGCGGGCUCUUGACAUGGUGAAACCUGGCUCUGGAACAGUCUACCUCCCGGAUCCUCUUGGCGAUCCUCUUCUCGUUCGUGGUAUCGGGACAAAAUUCGAUGGGAAGGAGGUCCAAAUUGGUGGAUUAUUGGUCCUGCCUAGUAUCAAGGGAACUGCCGCUAAUACGGAAAUCGCGGAAGUCAUAAGUGCUGAGGAGUUGAGGUUGAAGAAGCCCUUCAAAGGCGCAGCAGCCAUGAGACAACUUACUGGAAGGGAUGAUGUGGAUGACAAUGGCAAAUUUACAGACCAGAGUAUCAAAGGCCCAAUAGAAGGGUUUGAAGGCUCGAGGUACAAGACUGCCCCCAAAGUGGAUCAGACACAGGUCUACGAUGCCGUGUUUGACCGUUUGAGCGCAGAUGGGGCGGUAGGAAUAUUCCCGGAAGGAGGUAGUCAUGAUCGAACAGAACUGUUGCCUCUCAAAGCUGGUGUUGCUAUUAUGGCCCUGGGAGCAUUGGCAGCAAAUCCUAACAGUGGAUUGAAGAUCGUCCCCUGUGGUAUGAAUUACUUCCAUGCACACAAGUUUCGGUCUCGUGCUGUCAUCGAGUUUGGAAACCCUGUCGACGUUCCAAAAGAGCUGGUCGAGCUUUACAAAAGUGGGGAGCGGAGAGAAGCCGUCAGCCAGCUGUUGGACACUGUCUACCAAGCUCUGGUUGCUGUUACGGUCACAAGCCCCGACUAUGAUACCCUAAUGCUCAUCCAAGCUGCUCGAAGGCUGUAUAACCCUACAGGGAAGAAGCUCCCACUGCCAAUGGUCGUGGAGCUGAACAGGAGACUCGUUAAAGGGUAUACGCACUACAAAGACGACCCUAGAAUUAUCUCACUGAAAAAGUCGGUGAAUAAUUACAACAAACAACUGCAUUACAUGAACUUGCGAGAUCACCAAGUAGAGUACGCCAAAUAUUCGAUACCAAAAGUCAUCUUCCUGCUCUUCUACCGACUGGGAAAACUUUCCGUCCUUUCAAUCGGCGUACUUCCUGGUCUUGUGCUCUUCGCGCCUGUCUUCGUGGCCUCCAAGAUAAUCAGCAUAAAAAAGUCACGAGAAGCGCUUGCUGCAUCUACUGUCAAGCUUCAAGGUCGGGAUGUUAUGGCCACUUGGAAACUUUUGGUAGCACUCGCAUUCGCCCCUAUCUUGUACAACCUUUACACUUUCUUACUGGCGUCUUGGACGUAUCGCAACAGGGUGCAAGGUUACAUGCCUGAAUGGGUUCCUUUGUGGGCAGUCUUCGUCUUCGGAUACAUAUUCUUCCCCGCAAUCACAUAUGCUGCUUUGCGUUUCGGUGAGGUUGGCAUGGAUAUAGUCAAAUCUCUACGUCCUCUUGUACUGGCACUCAACCCGACUUCCAGCAACACCUUCCACAAGCUUCGGCAGCGCCGGGCUCAACUUAGCACCGAAGUCACUGAUUUGAUCAAUACACUAGGUCCGGAAAUGUUCCCUGACUUCGACGCUGCGAGAAUCGUAACAGAUCCGCUCCGCGCCGAUGGGGAACUAAGCCCUACAUCGCCUACUGGGAGUGGCUUCCAUCGUCGAGACAGCAGCCAUUCUGGUAUUUCUGAAGCAGAAAAUUCCCCCCAAAUCCGCAGAAGUUAUACAGAUGCCUCGAUUGGAGGCGCUCCAAGCAUGAAAAGCCACCUACCUCGGAACGAGUCCUUUAAAAAUAUUGGGAACAUUGCGCUUUUUGCAACCCGUCCACCAUCAAGGAGCAGAAGUCGGAGCAGUAGCAGUGGUGGAGCAGUGGGUUCCGCAGGCUUUCCCCUGAAAAGUUUUAGCACACUGGAUGCGAAAGGAGGUUUUGAUGAGGUCAGCAUGAAGAUUAGGGGGGCAAUGCGAGAACGGGGUCAAAUGCGGAGGAGGAAGAGCGAAGAAGCCAGAGCGGAAGAUGAAGAUGAUAGCGAAGACGAGGAGAGGAAGGACGUCUAG